ACGGACUUGAAGCUGCUUUAAUAUUGGGUUUACUGAUUAGUUUCCUCAACUAAUCGAAAAGUUUUUCGCUCCCUAUUUAACGUGCUAUAUACAAUUUGUGUUUAUUACAUUUAGAGAUAAACUAAACAGCUUUAGUUUAGAAGUUUCGCUCAAGUAAAACACAGAACACUUCAUAUACAGAGGAUUACCAGUUUUUCUACAUCGAAGGCGUUUAAAAAAAUGAAUAUGAUGCAGUUGUUAUCGGUUCUGUUGUUAUGUUCUUGUUAUGCUUACCAAGUGAAUGCUGAGUGCAGUAACUCAACUCCACCAGUGAUCCGCGAAAAAACCAAUGCAACCAAAUUUGUUUCUCUGGGAGAUUACACGCUCUUGUGUGUUACAGACUGCACAGAAGUAGAGUGGCUGAAAGAUGAUUUGGAAAUAGAAAACAUUACCUCUACGGAGUAUGCAAUCAGUAACGCCACAGCUAAUGACAACGGCAACUAUACUUGUAGAAUUACUGUCAACGAAACAAGCGCAGCCUUCACUUUUAUUGUAGACAUAAAUGUGCCAGGAAAGCCAUGCAAGACAAACGAGGACUGCAGAGGGAAGGAAUACACUGGAACAUGCAGCAACUUCAGGUGCUCCUGUGCUGCCACCCACCACCCAGAAGGCGUUACGUGCCUAGCACACAACAGCGCCUCUGCCAUUUUGAACUCGGCUCUUCUCGUCAUUGGGGCUGUCCUCGCCGCGCGCCUCGUGAUGGUUUCCGGUUAAAGUUUUCUGCUAUUUUUCCGUCCAUUUUUUUUUUACACAAAACUAUUUUGCCUAAUUUAAACUUUGAAAUAUUUUUGAUAUCUUUGACAAAGUGUGGCUUUUAUCUCUAAGCCUACCUGCAUAAGAAAUUUUUAACCUAAUGGAUUUUUUUGUUGUUGAACGGAGCUAAUUCCAUUGUUUUGCCUAUGUAUUAGAUCAUCUAUAAUACAGUUAGAUCUAAAGUAUAUUUGUUAUUAUUCUUAACGUUAGUGUUGGCCACAGAUGAAGCUGAAACGAAGCCCCGUGGAUGUAGGUCAUUUAUUCCAUGUUCACACGAUCCUAUACAACAGCAUUCCGAGACUCGUGUUAACCGCGCGGCUCCGCUGUUGAGCAAGCGUGUGCUACAGAGUUUCUUUCAGGCAUCUUUUCAACUGCCCCCCUCCACCCAUGGACAAAAUGAAUUUUUUAAAAAUAAUUUAUAUAGUAAAUAUACUUUUACCCAGCGUCGUCCCCCCACCGAAAAAAAAAAUGUCUGAAAGAAACCUUGGUCGCAGAGAAUGGCCUCGCUAUUUACGUUCACAUUCGACUGAUAUUCCAUCUUCUCCUCCCCCACCCCUCAACAUGCAAGCAAGUAAAAUAUACAUCUUCAAUCCUGACAUCAUUAAGAUAAAAACGGUCGGUGGGUGGGGUGGUGACAAAUCUGCUUUUUUUAUGACAAUGUAGAUCUACUUUGCUGUUAACAUAAGGAUAUUCGUUUUAAAAAAAGUUGCAGUUACAUUUCUUUACAAUUUAUUAUAUACAUAGUUGUUUUCUUACCAUUUAGGCUUACUUCCCUUGUAAUUAAAAAAAAAAGUUCCACAUUCCAUUUUAUACUAUUUUUAAAUGCCCAAUACGGCUGUAUGUUUUAUUAUCUGGUAAGUGUUACAAGUAGGUAAAAUAAUGCAUCAAUUAAUUAUAUUUCAAUGUUUUCCUUUACUGGUGUCAAAGAUAUUUGAUUUAAAUGAGAUGGUAAAAAAAGGGGUCUCUGAAUAUUUCAAAAGGAGAGAAAAAUAACAGAAAAAUUAUCACUAUCUCAGAAUCUCCUCUUACUUUUUUUUUAUGGUAAUGACAACUUACUUAAUAAAGAAAAAUACAAUUCUAAAGAUUAUUGUUUAACAGGUUUAAAUUAAAAUGUAUAUAUUAAUACAAUAAUGAAACUCAGCCAUAAUGAAAAUCUUCGGAUUUGAGGUGGUUGAAAUAAUUUUUACGUUCCGUCAAUUUUGCUUAUAUUUUUGAAAAAUUAAAUUAUACGCUAAUGUACGUGAUGGUGACCUGGUAUGUUUGUUGUAGUUUUUAAUUGUAUUUUCUAAUAGAUGUGACUUCUUAUACAAUAUUUUACAUUCUGCUAAAAUGUUGAUGUAUUUUUAAAUAAAGGUCUACAACUCUC